GAUCAAGGUUGAGGAUUAAAAUCUCCCAUCAUGCAUCAAUUCAAAAUGGCCACCAAAUUUGGUCAAGCUACUAGUGUACUACAAAAAGCAAACAGCCGUGAAAAUUCACGCUGAAAUUAGACACAAUUUAGCCCCAAAACAGUGUAAAUUUUCCGUGCUUUUUGAGAGAAGGUACAAUGUACAAAUAUAAAACAGGCAAGCGACGGUCAUCGCAGCUUCCUCCAAAGAAGAAGCUCAAGACUCAGCCGCCGCCACCGGUUGUCGAUGAGUUCGAAUUCAAAGACUCCAGUAGUGAAGAUGAACAACCACCGCCAUUACAACUUGGUCGACGGGCUUCAAGCACUGAGGCAAUCAGUCCACGUCUCAGUCAAAUUUCCCCAAAGGUGGAAAGCCCGAACUCAGGAGAUCAGUGGAAGAGUCCUCCAUACGCACCUUUCAGUGACUUUGGGGACUCUACUUCUCCAACUGAAGAUAAACCCAUGAUGGGGUUCGGAAUGUCAUCAUCAACAAAUUGCUUUUUCCAGACGGACAGCCAGAAUUCCGUGGAUGGCUCGGCUUCUUUGUCUGUUACGGCAUCCCCACCGAAGGAAGAACCUGCCUUUGGUGGUGGCAAAUACAGUAUUUCAGCACAGAAUAUGAUGGCCAAGAUGGGAUUUAAGAAGGGCAAAGGUCUUGGUCGUCUUGGUGAAGGCCGUGUUGAUAUCGUUGAAGCCUCUAAGCAGCGAGGGAGGAGAGGCUUGGGCCACAUCACUGAAGGGUUCGAGGCCCAAGAUGAUCUGGUGUGGGAUGAAAGAGAAGAGAUCUCUGUUCAUGAAACCUUCACAUGGAUGCCGCCCUGUAAUGCUAUAGAGGAGUAUGAGUUGUCCCAAUGGCAAGAAUGGAAAAGGGAAAAGAGAAAAGACUUCAUCGAUGACGAAACCCAUUUCUGCAAUCCAGAUGUACUGAGGAAGCUGUUGAAAGCAAAGUCAGCAUUCGACAAGCUUGAAGAUCCCGAGGAGAUGAGGCAAGCAAGGACACGCUCCAAUCCUUACGAGACCCUCAGGGGAGGUAUCUUUCUCAACAGGGCUGCCAUGAAGAUGGCCAACAUGGACUACGUCUUCAACUUCAUGUUCACAUCGCCAAAAGAUGGGCAUGAGAGAUCUUUAUGUGGUCACAAUGAGAUUCUGUACUUUUCGGAUAUCUGCGCCGGCCCCGGAGGCUUCUCAGAGUACGUCCUGUGGAGGAGGAAGUAUAGAACCAAGGGUUUCGGGUUCACCAUCAAGGGUCCAUGUGACUUCAAGCUGGAGGAAUUCUUUGCUGCAUCACCGGAGUACUUUGAACCUCAUUACGGUGUCAAUGGUGCUGACGGUAAUGGGGACAUCAUGAUGAGUGAGAACCAGAUUGAAUUCCGGAGGUUUGUGUAUGAGAACACUGACAACAAGGGGGUGCAUUUCGUCAUGGCUGAUGGGGGGUUCUCAGUGGCUGGUCAGGAGAACAUUCAAGAAAUACUGAGCAAGCAGCUUCUCCUGUGUCAAUUUCUUGUUGCACUCUCAAUUCUCAGACAAGGUGGUAGUUUUGUAUGCAAGACCUUUGAUCUCUUCACUCCGUUCAGCAUCGGACUCAUCUAUCUUUUGUACAGAGCUUUCUACAAAGUGUGUUUGUUUAAACCAGUCACAAGCAGGCCUGCCAAUUCGGAACGUUACAUUGUGUGCAAAGGAAUGCGGUCUGGUGCCCACCUCAUCCAUGAUUACAUGUUUGAGCUGAACAAGCAGAUGAACAGACUAAAGAACAGCAGUGAUGACAUCUUGGAGGUGGUACCCCUAGAGGUCAUCAAAGCUGAUGAGCAGUUUACUCAGUACAUUACUAAGCAAAAUGAACUCCAAGCUCAAACUCAGGCCCAAGGUCUUGCCAAGAUUCAAGCGUUCGUCCGUAACACCAAGCUGUUAGAGCCGAGGCAGGCUGAGAUGAGAGAUGAGUGCCUUAGGUUAUGGGGGGUACCAGGGGAGACAAGGUCAACACCUAAGCUUCCAGACCCAAUGACAAAGUUUAAUCAACUCAAUAAGGAUGCGAGCAACGACUACUUCCAGCACACUCCAAUGAUACUAGACAGAGAGAGUCUAUGUAGAAAUAUCCGCAGUAUCUUUGACUACCGCUGUAUGGUGUCUAGUGGGGAGAGAAUCUACGUCAUUGGGAUAGGGAGAUCACAUGUAUUCCAGUGGAAUGGAAGGCCUGCCACUAAAUGGACCAAGUUUGACAAGAGGUGUAACCUGAGACUACCUGGAGAUACGCUGUUUGAAGCCGAGCUGGUAGAGGAACUGAGAGGCGAGGGCUCUGGACAGAGAAAGUCUUAUGCUCUACAUAUGCUGGAUGCAAUGUGGCUUGGAGGAGAGGAUGUAAGACAUCUCCAUUUCACUGAGAGAAUCAUCAAGGCUGAGUUGUUUGUCAAGGCUAUACACAAGCCCACCAAGGCUAGCCAGACACCAUUGAGGGUCAAGGAAGUCUACCGGUUUGAGGAGAUUAAUAAGAUCUUCGACAGACUUGAAUUCAAGCAAAUAAAGGGUUCCGGACGGCAGCAACGAUUGUGCUUCAGAAACAACGCAGACAGACACUUCAUUCCCGCAGGGGUGUAUCUCAUUAAAACUAUCAACGAGCCAUGGACAAUGCAUUGGAGUAGGACGAAUCAGAGAAAGUAUUUCUACAACGCCAACACAAGAGAGUCUAGGUUUGACUGCCCACCAGUCUCAAUCUCAUCAUUCAGAGCUUGUCACUUGAACAGACUGAUGUGGGUGUGGGAAGAAGGAGUUCAAAUUCACGAGAGUCAGACGGUAUACGAUCAAGAGAAACUCUCAAAAGAUGAUUUAUUGGACCUCGUCAACAGGCAGCGGAAACCAGAAUGAGACAACCCCCCCCCAACCUCUACCGAGCCAAAGUGCUUCAGAUCUCAAAGAGUCAGAUGCCAUUACGACAAAGAGAGACUUCCCAAGGGUUACUUACUGGACCUCUCUGAGAGGCAGUUUAACCCAACUCCCCCCUCUGCCCUCAACUCUUUACUCACUCUAACCUCCUUGGUGUUUGGCUCAAGGAGAUUCAGACACCCACCGCGAGAAACUUUCCAAAAUCAAAUCACUGGCUGAGCCAGUGGAAACCUGAAUAAGACCCAGCCAUCCCAGUCAUGUAUGCUUCGUUUUUGAAAGGGCAAGGGUACCAAGGCAUUUUUCUCCUUGGUAAAGGGCACUGUAUGAGGAAA